UAUGCAGGCAGGGGCACAGGUAGGAGCUGGAGCGCAGAGAAGGGCAGGGGCAGCCCUACUGGUGGAUCCAGGAUUCCACUGGGAAGCCCAUAACAACGCAGCAGAUCAUUUUGUGUCAUAUUCGUGCAUUUGCUGCUUCUGUGAUGUUUAAAUAGCAGGAAAAUGUUUCUUACUAGUAUCGUUCAAAUCUCUCCUCUUUCGGCUUGAGAAGAUAUGGGACAAAGAUAUGAAAAUGGGACAAGAAGAUGCAGUAUCUGUUCACUUUUAAUUAAAGGCAUUGCAUCCCGGCCAUUUUAGGAGAAAACCCUGCAAAAUCUCACUCUGUCAAAGGGACCAUGGAGUUCUCCUGUGUCUUGGAUCCUCUGCUCACUGUCCAGCACUGCGGCACAGAGCCCUUCCCUUCAGGGGUUAUGUGAGAUGCCCACACUUUAAAGAUUAAACGUUUUAACAACGUGGGUAUUGUGAAGUGUUUUGUAACACAAAAUUCCAACUGGCCUUAACAUCAUUCUUGGCACAAUAAGCAUGUGGGGUGAGUUACGCUAAGAUUGUGUUUACAUACCACUUGUGCAAGACAGGAUUUAUCCGGUAUUGGUCACGACAGCACUUUUCAAGGGAUUUCAGCGGAGCCGUGGCUGUCAGGGUUCUUCUGGUCAGUUCUUGGUGGUGUGAGUCAGCUCAAGACAAGUUUUGGCUGUAUUGGAUUUGAAUACUUGUAUCUCCUAAUGUGUUUUUUCACACACACGGGAAUAGCCACCUUAUUAAAAAUUCCUCUUCAAAAGACUAAGAACCUAUUUGUGGUUUUGGCAUUUCAGUUGUCAACUAUAUCCUGAAUUGUAUCCCAUUUGAGAGGGAUUUUUUGCUCACUCCUUUCCAAUGCUUUCCUUUCAGGGCCUCCAAAAUUUGCAACUUGGGUAGUGUUUGUGAAAGGGAAUUUGUGAAGUGUAGUUAUCCAAAAAUUCAUUUUAAUGAAACCUAAGGAGGAAGCUGGCUCCUGAAUUUGUACAUCGGUGUUUAGUGCUCCAGGCAUAGAGCACAGCCGCUCUCUUGUAUGCAUGAAUUGUUAGCAUGGGUACUUGUCUUAGGGGAGGUGCAUCUCUGUCACUGCGCCAAUAAUCUUCUUUUAUUGCCUCAGGUGAAGUAAAAAGGCAGAAAAGCAAAUUAUCGAGUCUCCCAGAGUUUGCAACAGGCUCAUAGAAGGGGCUGCAUGAUUGCAAUAAAGGUUAGAAUUUUUCUUACUGUUCUAAAAGAAGCAGAUAUCACCCACAGGAAUAAUUCCUGCGAUGAUCCCGACUCUUCCCAGUUCGAGCACCUCUGUGCCAGCACCCAACAGAGGGCAGUGGCAGCCCACUGACUGGGUAAAUACAAGGUAUUAUUAGAAUGCUGGAUCAGUCUACGUGCAUUCCCCUGGCCACUCACGCAGGAUAACACGUACUUAGUUUCAUACCCAUUGACCUGAGGGCCAUUACCCUUUUUUUUUUUCCUCUGCCACACUGUUUUGUCUCUUUGUUUUUUUAUUUACACUGAAAUUCCUAAAUCAUCCAAGCCCAGAAAUGUGAGAAACAUGAACCUGGAGACACUAUAAAGGCCCCAGAAUGCUGAAGGGAUUCCAGAGCUCGUAGUUACACCUCUGUCAUUCUCUCUAAUGUUCCCCAGCCCCAAAAUAUUUGAUGGAUAAGUGGGUUGUCAUUAACAUUCCAUUCAUCUCUCAGCUAUGUUAUUCUCCACACUAAUGACAGCAUAGAACGAGACUUCUCUCUCAGAGUAGUUUCUUUCUUCCCAGUUGUUUUCCAACUUGUAAAGGAAUCACACGGUAGAAUUUCCUUUCUGUAAAGUAUCUUUGGUGUUCUGCUGUCAUGUCUUGAAGGCGUAUUUUAAACCCAGGCUCAGCAAGUCAUGAGAAGCUCCAAGGUUCUUAACAAUUUAAGUGCAGCAAAAACAGACAUAGAGGAUGGAGCAGGAAGCAGCAAGAGAAGAAGAAAAGAAAGAAAGCUUGAUUGAGUUUUACGACUCCUUCAAGGACAUGUUUGAGUUCUUCUGUAAGAACACAACAAUCCACGGCACCAUCCGCCUUGUGUGCUCAGACAGCAAUAGGAUGAAAACAGCUUUUUGGACUCUGCUUUUCCUGGCCAGCUUCGGCAUGUUAUACUGGCAGUUUGCACUCAUGUUCAGCCAGUACUGGGCUUACCCUGUUGUCCUGACCAUGUCAAUGCAUUCGGAGCCCAAGAUGUUUCCAGCAAUUACCAUCUGCAAUCUGGACCCCUACAGAUUUGAACUGGUUAGUGAACAUUUGACUCAAUUGGAUCGCAUGGCAGAGGAAUCGAUCGCUUUUUUGUACGGCAUCAAUACCUCAGCCAGCUUUUUCCACAUGAACGAGAAAAACCUUCUUGUAAAAGACUUGCCAAGCAGAAGCAAUCUCAGCAGAACAAGCUUCAAGCUUAGCCAAAACUUCUCACUUGUCAGAAUGCCCGACCCCCACAACAGGUCAGGGAAGAAGCGAUCCAGCGUGGGCUUCAGGCUGUGUGAUGCCAGAGGUGAGAAUUGCUUCUACAAAACCUAUUCCUCUGGGAUGGGGGCAAUUCUUGAAUGGUAUAGGUUUCACUACAUGAAUAUCAUGUCCCAGCUGCCAGUUAUAGUCAACAUUUCUGAUCACGAGGAGCAAAUAGAAGAUAUGGUUUACUCCUGUCAGUACGACGGGGAGCCCUGCAGACCCAGUGAUUAUGUUCACUUUCACCACCCAGUCUUUGGAAGCUGCUAUACUUUUAACAGCAAGGGAACAGACCCUUUUUGGACAGCUACAAAACCUGGGAUUCCUUAUGGACUUUCCCUUAUCCUGAGAGCAGAGCAGAAGGAUCACAUCCCACUCUUGUCUACGGUAGCAGGUGUGAAAGUGAUGAUACACAACCACAACCAGACACCAUUCCUCGAGCAUGAAGGCUUUGACAUCAGACCAGGCAUUGCAACUACCAUAGGCAUUCAGCAGGAUGAGGUGAAUCGCCUGGGUGGCAAUUAUGGGAAAUGCACGAUUAAUGGCGAUGAUGUGGAUGUUAAGCUCCUGUACAACAACUCCUACACCCUGCAGGCUUGUUUGCAUUCCUGCUUCCAGCGGAUAAUGGUUCGAAAAUGUGGCUGUGGCUAUUACUACUACCCACUGCCUCCCGGUGCCGAGUACUGUAACUACAACAAGCACCCUGCGUGGGGUCACUGCUUUUACCAGCUGUACAGCAGGCUCAGAAAUCACCACCUGAAUUGUUUUGACCAGUGCCCCAAACCUUGCCGGGAGUGGCUGUACAAGGUGUCUGCAGGGACAGCUAAAUGGCCAUCAUCAAAGUCCCAGGACUGGGUCCGCCAAGCUCUAAGGCAUCAGAAUGGAUAUAACUCCACCAGCAACAGGAGGGACAUUGCCAAGGUGACCAUCUUCUACCAGCAACUGAACUACAAGUCUGUGAACGAGUCACCUCUACUCUCUGUGAAUCUGCUCCUGUCCAGCAUGGGAAGCCAAUGGAGUCUCUGGUUUGGAUCCUCGGUGUUGUCUGUAGUUGAAAUGCUUGAGCUGUUGGUGGAUACACUAGUCUUGUCCCUCCUCUUCUGCUACCAAAGGUUCACGUUAAAGAAGACAUUGAACGUAGGUCGCACACCCACCAUCCCCAGUGUGAGCUUGACCCUUGAAAACUACCGAGUUGUGCAAGAAGAUGCUGGAAAUGGUGACAAUUCUGCUCAUACUCACCCUUCUGGAGGGACUAUUGCCACGGGCAACAACAAUGACCUGCAGCUUCAUCCACUCUCCAGCAAGGUGGAAAUGCCAGACCUUUGUCCAGAUGUGGUGCUUAAUGGAUUUAGAUACAUGCAGGACAGGUCUGUGGAAAGGGAAACGAACAGCUAAGGAUGUGUUUGUGAGCACAGAGAAUCGAGAGAUUUAAAAGUCCCCUAAAUGCUCAGGCGCUGUCAGAAGGACUGCGAACAGAAAUGUCCUGGAUCCACGAUCUGUGAGAUUGGCAAUCCACCUCCAGACGUUGAAAGUUCAUUAUUAAACCAUCUAUGUGUCCUGGAUUCGGGCAUCGUGCAAUGUUCUUCUCUUCCUCACGAGUACCUGCGGUGAGAACUGCACUUCUACUCUCUGGGAUAAUCAUUGGGCCCUCAUAAAAGCCUGUUCAUAGCUUUUAAGUUCUAAACCCUCAUGAGGAACUCAGCCUGUGGCUUCGACAGGCCCAUCUACAUUUCACAAACGCAAUGAAGAGAAAAGUCAGCCUGGCUGUGAACGGAUUUCCAACGGAGACUACGGAAUGUGGGCUUGCAUCUGUCCGUGUUGACGGGAGGACGACACAGCACGUGAUAGCAAGAGGUGGCUCUGAGUACAGCUCUGCCUCCAAGGCUCCUCGACGUCCUCACCCUACUGCUGUUGCAUGAGGACGACACACAGGAUGCUGCUACUGAGAUGCUUUUAAGGCUUAACCCACGCUAUUUCAAACAAGACCUGCUAUCUUAAAGGAAAUAGAAGAAAAGGGGUUGAUAGCUUUUUUUUAUGUCACAGACGGAGCAUCUGAUUUAUUGGGAAGAUUGAAACUGCUGCAGUUUUGCUGCAGUCCAUUUAUAAAUGGAGAUGUUUUAAUGUUAAUAUUUGACAGUAAUUUAUAUGUACAUAAGAUAACACAUUUAUUUUUGAUGACGACGUUUGCAUGGGGAGCGUUUUAUUCUGUUAUAAUCCUUAAGGCCGUCUGUAGAACACAAGA